UGUAGUUGCCCAUGCUUUUUGAAUGGGAGGUAUUUCUUACGAACCGUAUGAAAGUAAUUGAUCUGUUCGUUUCGUUCUACUGCAGUUAAAUCGAAAUUCUUUCUUUUCAAAGUAAAAGUAAUAAAAAUGGCUGCGUGGAGACAAGCAGGAUUGAAUUACAUCAAUUAUUCGCAAAUAGCUGCAAGACUUGUUAGACAAGCUCUAAAACCCGAAUUAAGGCCAGAGGCUCUAAAACGCGAUGAAGCAAACGUAAGAUUUACAAAGUGGGAAAAUGGUAAACCUGUCACUGAAAGACAAUAGUGACAACAAUUUAAAAAGUAUAAACCAUAUCACAGAUGAGUGGAAGUCAUCCUUUUCUAAGAUAUGUGACCACAUAAGUUAUACAUGGCAGAAGAGAUAGGAGUUUAAUGAAAUAGUCAUUUAUGUAUGGUAAUUCCUCAAUAUGUUCAUCUGAAGUAAAGAUAUCUUUUGCGAAGUUA